CGCCCCCCUUUCCCCGCCCCCGCCCCCCUCCCCUGGAGGAGUCUGAACUCCCGGUGGGGGGGUCCUCUGUGUGUGUGGCCGCAGGGUCCCCAGAGUGGGUCCUGGGUGGGGCAGCAGCCUUGCUGAGGUCGGCGUGGAGGUGCCGCUUUGGAGGUCCUCCUUCCCGGGUCUUGGGGGCAGUGGUGGCAUCAGGGGCAGGCAGAGCGCUCGCUUCACAGUCACGGGUGAUAUUAAAUUUUACGUCUAGACGGGGCAGUACACAGAGCCCAGGGCCCCGGGGUGCCGCGGAAGGAGGUGGCAGGGUGAGGGGCUGGAAGUGAGUGCAAGUGAGUCUGUGGCGCCUGUCAGAGGGUGUGGGCGUGUGGGCCCAGGUGUGGGGCCCUGGGCUGCUCUGGGACUCGGACCAGCACUGUCACGACAGCCUGUGCCAAGGCUCCGAGAGGUGCAGGGGGCUGCCCCGUCCAGAGAAGGUCGGAAGGGGGGGGGGGGGGCGACCGCCGAGGGCGGGCUUCUUGAGAAGGCCCCAAAGGUGCAGGGGAGGGAGUGGCAGGGUCCUUCCCGGGAGCAGGGCCGUGCACCUGGCGGGAGACGCGGCCAGGACGCGAACCUUGGGAGGCAAAGGGAGCCCUGGCGGGAGCGGGUCUGGGAAUGGUCCACACGGCCAGGGGAGGGUGGACAGGUUCCGAGCUCGCCGGCCGGCAGCGGUGGCGCCCGCAGAGCGGCUGGACAGGCCCCGUCGCGCCAUGCCCGCGGGCUGAGCGCCGCCGCCGCAGGGCCUCGUCCCGCCUCGUGUGGGGGCCAGGCGCGCCCAGGCCGGGGCCCCGGCGGCCGACCAUGGUGCUGCCGCCCCCGGACCGGCGCCACGUGUGCCUGACCACGCUGGUGAUCAUGGGCAGCAUGGCGGUCAUGGACGCGUACCUGGUGGAGCAGAACCAGGGCCCGCGCAAGAUCGGGGUGUGCAUCAUCGUGCUGGUGGGCGACGUGUGCUUCCUGCUGGUGCUGCGCUACGUGGCCGUGUGGGUGGGCGCCGAGGUGCGCACGGCCAAGCGCGGCUACGCCAUGAUCCUCUGGUUCCUCUACAUCUUCGUGCUGGAGAUCAAGCUCUACUUCAUCUUCCAGAACUACAAGGCGGCGCGGCGGGGCGCGGCCGACCCGGUGGCGCGCAAGGCUCUGACGCUGCUGCUGUCGGUGUGCGUGCCCGGCCUCUUCCUGCUGCUCGUUGCGCUCGACCGCAUGGAGUACGUGCGCACGUUCCGCAAGCGCGAGGACCUGCGCGGCCGCCUCUUCUGGGUGGCGCUGGACCUGCUGGACCUGCUGGACAUGCAGGCCAACCUGUGGGAGCCGCCGCGCACCGGGCUGCCGCUGUGGGCCGAGGGCCUCACCUUCUUCUACUGCUACAUGCUGCUGCUCGUGCUGCCGUGCGUGGCGCUCAGCGAGGUCAGCAUGCAGGGCGAGCACAUCGCGCCGCAGAAGAUGAUGCUCUACCCCGUGCUCAGCCUCGCCACCGUCAACGUGGUGGCCGUGCUGGCGCGGGCCGCCAACAUGGCGCUCUUCCGCGACAGCCGCGUCUCUGCCAUCUUCGUGGGCAAGAACGUGGUGGCGCUGGCCACCAAGGCCUGCACGUUCCUGGAGUACCGCCGCCAGGUGCGCGAUUUCCCGCCGCCCGCGCUUGCGCUGGAGCUGCAGCCGCCGCCUCCGCAGCGCAACUCGGCGCCGCCGCCGCAGCCGCCGCCGCUGCACGGCCCGCCCGUCCGCCCCCACGGGCCCUCGCCCACGCGCGACGCCCUGGGCACGUGAUGGGGCCCGUGCGGCCGGCCCGCGAUGGGGUGGGGGCGCGCGCCCCACGGGGCCCGGGGGCCGCGGCCGCUUCUUCAUCUCAGGAAUCCCCCGGGCCUCGGACUCGCAGCCCGGCUCCCCCAGCGCGUGGGCCCUGUGUGCUUGGCCCGGGGGUGGGGGAAGAGAGGACAGAGCGGGCGGAGGUCCGGUCCCUUGGGGUCCCGUGGGUGGGGGCCUCUGGCUCAGAGUUUGGGGCCAGGGAGGCCUCUGUCAUUUUAAAGACUCGUGUUUACAGUUUUGUA